AUGCAUCCACACCAUGAAGAUACGCUCGCGAUGCAAGCUCUGGCCUUCGACUGGGCACACAGUUAUGAUACCAAGGAUUGGGGCUUAUUAGCCUCGAUCCUGAGCCAUGAGUUGGACGUCGACUACAGUCAGGUGACAGGAUCCAAGUGCAAAACUAUGACCAAAGACGACUUCGUGGCUAUGUUGAGCGAUAAGACACUUCUCGGGAACGAUCUCGUCAGCACACAUCAUUUGAUUGGAGCGAGCAAAUACGAAAUGCUCACGGAAUCAUCUGCCAUUGGUGUGCAUCAGAUCCGCGCCGCCCACCAACGCUACACGCAGUCGGACAAGAAAGCAGUUGCUGCCAAGGGGCAUGGUCACGGCUUGAUGCAACACAAAUAUCUGAAGACUCCGCAAGGCUGGCGAAUCGCUGGCAUACGGCCGAUAGUUUAUUGGAACGAAUACGAUUUUGACAAAAUCUUUGUUUAG